GCUGAACGUUUGUAGAAUGCCACAUCAAUUGGAAGGUGUGAAGUUAGAUGUUCAACCAUUCUGGAAACCACCUGAAGAAAAUAUCAUUUCAAAACAGCAAGUCCAUGACUAUUCACUACCUACCAAGUUCCAUCUGAAUUUUUUAAAGAAACAUAGAACUGAUGUUAAUGACAAAUUAAAGACUUUGGCUGAUGUUCUUUGGGAAGAUUCCAAGAUUAAUAAACUGAGAUUUAAAUAUUCUGAAGAAAAUUUUGAAGAAAUUGAACAGUGUUUGAAAGAUUUAUUAAAUUCCAUUACUGUUGAAACUAUUGAUGUUCCAGAUGAUAUGUUUGAAGACAUUGUUGGAACAUUUGACAGUCAAGAUGAGCGGAAGUAUUUUUAUUUUGAUAACCGAUAUCAUAAAGCUCAUAUUCUCGGAUUCGAUAAAAGUAACGUGAUUAAAAUGAAAAAGAGACUUUUGGAUAAUCUUAGAACUAAAUCUGCGGAUGAUUUAACUAUUUAUGAAAGACGUAUUCUAUCUGGUCUCGGAUUCUUUGAGCAGGCAGAAGGACAAUUUGAAGGUCUAAAAGUCACAGUUCAUAGUAACAAAGUUGUUUUUGAAGGCCAGUUUUCCGAAAUAGAUAUUUGUCAAAAGAAAAUGUAUAAAAUUCUUAAGUCAAUUGUUAAAUCUGAAUUGUGUUUGCCUUUAAAUACUGGAAUGAUCAUAAAUAAAAAACCAGUGAAAGAAUAUCUUGAUGAAAAACUGAGAAACAAGAAAUGUAUCGGUUCAUGGGAAACGGGUGAUGGUGAUUCAGUAAUACUUUAUGCAAGUGAUAAAACACAUCUUUCACUUCUGGAAGAAAUCAUGAAAGAAACUUUUGUUGCCAAUACACUGGAUUUUGUAGACAAAAUUAAGGAUACUCCAAAUCAUGGAAAGUGGCUGACAUUUGUUGAAAGUCUAAAAGAAGAGUUUCCAGAUUUCUGUUUUAUUGGAGAAAAUUCUAUUGUUGCUGUUGAUGCUGUAGUUAAUGAUAUAAAAAGCAAAAUUGAUAACUUUAAGCAAGGAAUCGAUGGAUUCAGGGAAAAAAAUAAAUUGAAUAAUGUGUUACACCUGGAAAGAACACAAGAGCAAAUUAGGGGAACGGAAAGAGUUACAAGAAAUUCCAGAAAUGUUGAAUCGUUUAAAUCUCAAGAAACCCAGAAAAGUGAAGAAGGAAAGAAUUUCUUAUGUGAAAUGCAGAAGCAAUCUGAGAGCAUAAUAUCAUUAAAUUCAGAUUUAGGAAGUGAAACAGAUGAAAUAGUUAAUGUUAAGUAUAAGAACUGUGAAAUAGUGUUGAAGGAAGGUGACAUCACGACUCUGGACACAGAUGCUAUUGUUAAUGCUGCAAAUGGCAGACUGGAACACAGGGGUGGGGUUGCAGCAGCCAUUGUGAAGAAAGGUGGGUCUGAAAUUCAAACUGAAUCUAACAAAAUUAUGAAAGAAAGAAGGAGUGAACUGAAAACUGGAGAAGUAGUGUCAACUAAUGCUGGUAAACUCAAAUGCAAGACUAUCAUUCAUGCUGUUGGACCCGUUUGGAAUAAUGGAUGGAAUCAGGAAAUGGAUUACCUUUCAAGAGCUGUUCAAAAUUGUUUGGCAGUUCUUGAAGAAAAGUCUUAUACAUCAAUUGCAAUUCCUGCCAUCAGUACAGGUGUUUAUGGUAUACCCAAAGAAAAGGGAACCGAAUGUAUAGUAUCAACUAUAAAGGAAUAUCUUGAUACUCACUCAAAUUCUAAAAUAAAACAUAUUUGUUUGAUUGAUGAACAGAAGGAAGUAAUCAGAGCUUUUAAGCUUCAUCUAGAAAAGGUGUUUGGAAUCAGUAAAAGCAGAGGAACCACAUCAUUCAACGCAUCCCUUCUUGGUCUACAACAGAAAGCAGCCCCUAUGACACCCAGAACUAAUGUGGCAUCCGGAGAAAAUGCUGGCAUCAAAAUACAACUAUUGAUUGAUUCAAUUUCUAAUGCAUCUGUUGAUGUCAUCGUUAACAGCACCAAUGAAGAACUCCAGCUUGACAGUGGUGCUAUCUCCAAAUAUAUUCUCUUUGCUGCUGGUCCACAGAUACAAGAUGAAUGUAGCCAGAAAUAUCCUCGAGGUAUUUCUACAUCUGAAAUUGCCAUCACUAAAGGAUAUAACCUCAAAUGUAAGAAUGUAUUUCAUCUGGCAUUACCUUCCUGGGAUGAAUAUUCCUCUGAUUCAAUUCUGGCAAACUUGACUCGAAUAAUAACCACUUGUCUGGAAAAUGCUGAGAGAAUGGGAGCAAAAAGCCUGGCAUUUCCUAUAUUAGGGGCUGAAAUGAAAUACCCCAUUGAAAAACUACCCAGAACAAUGUCUGAAGCAGUGAAAAACUACUCAGAUCUGAAUUCAAGCCAGAUCAAAGAUGUUUACUUUGUUGUUUUACCUCAAGAAGACAAAAAAAUAGCAAAGAAAUUUGAAGAAUAUCUCCUAAAUAAAGACGAAAAUGAAGGAAUGAUGGAUAAACAGGAAAAGGAAAGAUUUCAUUCAAAAGACACCACAUCAUCAAACACAUCUCUUCCUGGCUCGCAAAAGGAAACCUCUUCUGUGGAGCCCAGAACUAAUGAGACAUCCGGAGAAAAUGCUGGCAUCAAAAUACAACUAUUGAUUGAUUCAAUUUCUAAUGCAUCUGUUGAUGUCAUCGUUAACAGCAGCAAUAAAAACCUCCGGCUUAGUGAUGGUUCUAUCUCCAAAUCUAUUUUCAAUGCUGCUGGUUCACAGAUACAAGAUGAAUGUAACCAGAAAUAUCCUCGAGGUAUUUCUACAUCUGAAAUUGCCAUCACUAAAGGGUAUAACCUCAAAUGUAAGAAUGUAUUUCAUCUGGCAUUACCUUCCUGGGAUGAAUAUUCCUCUGAUUCAAUUCUGGCAAACUUGACUCAAAUAAUAACCAUUUGUCUAGAAAAUGCUGAGGAAUUGGGAGCAAAAAGUCUUGCAUUUCCUAUAUUAGGAGCUGGGGUAUUGAAGUACCCUGUUGAAGAACUACCCAGAACUAUGUAUGAAGCAGUGAAAAGCUACUCAAAUCUAAAUUCAAGCCGGAUCAAAAACGUUUGCUUUGUGGUUUAUCCUCAAGAUACAGUAGUAGUAAAGAAAUUUGAAGAAUAUUUCCAAGGAAACACAACAGGUAGUUCAACUGCAUCAUCAGCUGCACCCAAGUCUGAAUCAACGUGGCGUCAGUGGCUUUUUGGAAAGAAAACAGAACCAAUCCCAGAUACAUGGUCAUCAAUGGGAGACAAGGAAUUAAUUAAAAUUGUUCGAGUCACAAAUGGACCAGAAUAUGAUGACAUCCAGGCCACUUUCCAUCGGAAUUUGCUUUCCUAUCAUAUAAUCAAAAUUGAGAGAAUUCAAAAUAGAGCAUUAUACCAGAGAUACCAAUCAUUGAAAAAACAAUUUGAGGCAGAAAAUCCAAAGAUUACAAAUGAAGUUGAUGGCCUUUGGCAUGGUACUGCUGAAGGAUCUGUUGAUAGAAUAAAUAAAUAUGGUUUCAACCGUAGCUAUUGUGGUAAAAAUGGCACACGUGGUGAAGGUGUUUAUUUUUCCAAAAAGAUCCGAUAUUCUGCAGAUGAUAACUAUUCUCCUCCUGACCAUCACAAAAUAAAGACAAUAUACAAAUGCAGUGUUCUUGUGGGAAGAAUGACGCAAGGACGCCAGGGAUUAAAGGUUUUACAGGAUCCUUACAAUUCUGCUGUUGAUGAUAUUCAAAGACCCGAUAUUUAUGUUACUUUUGAUGACUCUCAAGCAUAUCCUAAUUAUUUGAUUACAUUCUCUAAGGCUUUAGUAACACUUUGAGUUGAGAUUUGUAAUUCUAAAAGUAUUCAAAUGUUUAACACUAAAACUUCAAUUUUGUAACACUUAAAACUAUUUGAAUUUUUAAAACUAAUGCUGUUCAAAUUUGCAACUGUAAAAUUAUUCAGAUUUGUAACGUUAAAACUAUUAAAACUUGUAUCACUACCACUAUUCAAAUUUGUAACACUAAAAUUAUUCAAAUUUGUCACAGUGAAACUAUUCAAAUUUGUAACAGUAAAAUUAUUCAAAUUUGUAACAGUGAAACUAUUCAAAUUUGUAACAGUAAAAUUAUUCAAUUUUGUAACAGUGAAACUAUUCAAAUUUGUAACAGUAAAAUUAUUCAAAUUUGUAACAGUGAAACUAUUCAAAUUUGUAACAGUAAAAUUAUUCAGAUUUUUGACACUAAAACAAUUGAAUAUAUUUUAACAUUUUCUUUUUUGUUACAUUAGAUGUAAUUAUUGCUUAAAAUAAAAUGAAGGCUGCAGGUUCAAAUCCAGUCAAAGUUUAUUAUUUUGUAUUAUAUUU